GUGCUGAGUUAAAGGCACGCAAACACAAACACACAUUACAGCAAAGUAACGAGAGGAGAGAAAGAGAUCUGAGCUUCAAGCGCUUCAUGCCUAAUUUUCCUGCAUCGAUCAUGAAUAUGUCGAAAGGGUCGGAUUGAAUUCAUCGCGCAGGUUUGUGCAGGGUUAACGCCAAAUCUUUCUUCGUGGCACACGGAUUUUCGCCCCGUUUCUUAACUCGAUACAUUUGAAGUCAUCACAGUAGCGAUUUGAGAUAUUAUCAUUUAGUGCGUGAUUGAGGAGAAAGGCUUCAAAGAUGGGCUGUUUGGGAAACAGCAAGACGGAAGACCAGCGCAUCGACGAGAAAGCGCAACGAGAGGCGAAUAAAAAGAUCGAGAAACAGUUACAGAAAGAAAGACAGGCAUAUAAAGCCACACACCGCUUGCUCUUAUUAGGCGCUGGAGAGUCCGGGAAGAGCACCAUAGUCAAACAGAUGCGCAUCCUGCACGUCAAUGGCUUUAACGCAGAAGAAAAGAAGCAGAAAAUCCUGGAUAUCCGGAAAAAUGUGAAGGAUGCCAUUGUGACGAUAGUGUCUGCUAUGAGCACCUUAACACCCCCUGUGUCAAUCGGCAACCCGUCUAAUCAUCCUAGAGCAGAGUAUAUAAGGAGUAUAGCUCCGCUCUCAGACUUUGACUACACAGAGGAGUUUUUUGAGCAUGCAAAGCAUCUGUGGGAUGACGAGGGGGUGAAGGCCUGUUUUGAGCGCUCAAAUGAGUACCAACUUAUUGACUGUGCACAAUACUUUCUGGACAGAAUUGAGUCUGUCCGACAGAAUGACUACACACCAACAGAUCAGGACUUGCUGAGGUGUCGUGUUUUGACCUCAGGGAUUUUCGAAACUCGUUUUCAAGUGGACAAAGUCAACUUUCAUAUGUUUGAUGUGGGCGGUCAGAGAGAUGAGCGAAGAAAAUGGAUCCAGUGUUUUAAUGAUGUGACAGCCAUCAUCUUUGUCGCAGCAAGUAGCAGUUACAACAUGGUUAUAAGGGAAGACAACAGCACCAACCGGCUGCGCGAGUCACUUGACCUGUUCCGCAGCAUCUGGACUAACAGGUUUUUAAGGACGAUCUCAGUAAUCCUGUUCCUCAACAAACAGGACAUGCUAGCAGAGAAGAUCUUAGCAGGGAAAUCUAAACUUGAAGAUUAUUUCCCAGAGUAUGCACGAUAUACGCUUCCUCCUGAAGCAACGCCUGACCCAGGAGAAGACCCGAAAGUGUCCAGGGCAAAGUUUUUCAUCAGAGAUGAAUUCUUGAAAAUCAGCACAGCGAGUGGCACUGACAAACACUACUGCUAUCCCCACUUCACAUGUGCUGUCGACACAGAAAACAUUCGUCGUGUUUUCAAUGACUGUCGUGACAUUAUUCAGAGGAUGCACCUUCGCCAGUAUGAACUCUUGUGAUUGGCUGUCUGGAGCAGUCGCUCCUACGCUUUUCAGUCCCACAACACAUGGGCUCUCUGAGAACUACUGAUGAGUGACAAUGUUGUCAUGUUUUUUCUGUUUUCUGCUUUUCACCUUUAUGCUCUUAUUUAUAUUUAUAUAUACAGACAGUGCCCUCCUAAAGUAUUCAGACCAUAAAGCCAAAAUUGCUCUGUUUGCUGUGGAGUCAAGAAAUGUCUAAACGUUAAAAAGUGAAUGAGGCGUACAGAAUGUACCUUUUACAUUUUUUUGCCGUUUUAACAUAUGUAGUUUACUUACUCAAUGGAGCAACACGUUUGUUUUGAGAUAUUGAGCUUUAAAGUUUUUGCCUUGCAUUCUACUUUGUAAGUAGCAUCUUUCAAAGUCCUAAAAUUGUCACAACUUGAAAAACAUCACAUUAUGUAAAUAAGUUUAUAACUCAAUUUUGACAAAAAUGUCAGAUAGGGAAGGAAUAAUUAACAACGGGCCGUUGAUUUAUCCGAAAAUAAUCCACACCCAAGGUGGUCCCAUCAUGCCGUUACACUGCGGGUGUGCAUUAUUUUUAAAUAAUUAAAAAAACUUUUAAAUUAAUACAAAAAAUUAAUACCCACAGAUCAUUUUCUCAAACAAUCAGAACAAAGCAUUUAAUAGGGCUGUGGUAUAAAACCUUAUAAUUCUAGGUUGAAAAAUUGUCUGACAAGUGUUAAGUGAUGGUCUGUGUUCAAUCUCAUUAGUUGUUUACUCAUAAAAAGCAGAGAAUGUGUAGUAUCAGUUUGAUCAAUUUGAUCAAUUGAGUCUGCAUUUGACUAUAACACACAUAAGUCAGAUUGAAAGGUUGUUGUUCUUGGUUGGAAAAGCAUGUGCGUUGAAACAAUCAAAUUUAAAAUAAAAUGUAAAUGUUCUGUACAUUUGCCUCAUGUUCAUCCUAAAUAUUUCUGUCCCUACAGCAAACAGGGCAAUUUGGUCUUUACUGUCACAAAACUUGUGGAGAGCACUGUGGGUGUGUGUGUGUGUGUGUGUGUGUGUAUGUAUGUGUAUAUAUAUAUAUAUAUAUAUAUGAAUAUGAAUAUAUGUGUAUAUAUAUAUAUGGUGGGAUAGAAUAUAUGAUAUAAGUGUUUGUGUACAAUAACUUUUUCACAUUUGUAUCACUUCCUGGUCAUUCCUCCCUUUUAUUUUGUGGUUUUGCAGCAUUGAUUGGAUUUUAGUCGAGGUUAGUUUCGGACCAGCUAAAGAAACCUGUGUAAGGGUAGUCUGUCUUAAGGUUUUUUGAAAGUACUUGACAGAAAAGGGGUACAUGAAGAGCUGCCGGUUAAAUGAAGCACUUUGCAUACUUUUUUUUUUUUUAAAGAAGAUCAGGAGGCAAAAUUCACAAUGUAGCACCUCUGUAUUUAUUAAUUGCCACUUUUUAGUUUAAUCAAUUGCCUUUUUUGCUUGUUUUGUUUUCUGCAAAGCGCACAGAAAAGACUUCAGGGGCAUAUAGAGGAUUGUUUAGGUGCAGGGGCUUUUGUCAUACUCUGCUUUUUUUUAGAGUGACAUCAGUGCCAUCCAUCUUGGGAGAACCUUUGACUGGCCAAUUUAUGCCUCCUUUAACAUGGGCGACAAUGGUUUGCCUAAAAGCUCUAAAUAUAGAUUAAAAAACACAAUUUAUUUUUAGUUUUGUUUUGUUAAUCUGAAGAAUGUGCAAGGUCACUUAAUCUUGUACAGGAAUGUGAAAUGUUAUUUUGUAUAACUUCAACAGGAAAGACAAAACUGACUUGUAGAAGCUCAUUGUGCCUUUUAUUAUGGCUGUACCUGUAAAUGAGGAUAACAUGUCUGAUGUGGAGAGUGCUGUACAGCUUGAUGUCAAAUCUUACAAGCAGCACAAUGUGCUGAAAAAAAUCUCUCCGUAGACAGGUUUUUCCUAGUUUAUAAAGCUACAAAAACAAUCUUUUACUACAAAAAAGAAAAAAAUUAGGCAAAAAAUAUUGUAUACGAUAUGCAAAAUUAACCACUUACUUUAAAAACUGCAAAUACCGUACAUGUUUCAUUUAAUUCUUUGAAUUUCCAGUCAAAUGGAAUCAGCUUUAGAAAAUGUUAGAAAUAUUUUAAUUAAUAUCCAAAAUUGCGACAUGCUGUUGUUUUGAAUAGGAUGCAUUUUUAGACGCAAAUGUAUAUGCAGGCUGUAUGUGGGAUUGUGCUAGUACAAGAGCAUAGAUAUGACCACGUUUUUAAAUGUACAUAUACAUUUAUAAAAGAUUACAAAUAUAUUCUAUAAAUAUAUAUGUACAAUUAUUCAUACCAAUAUGUGUGCCUACAUGUAUACAUCUUUAUGUUUAUAAUUGUAUGCAUAGCUAUGCAUAUAUAUAUAUAUAUAUAUAUAUAUAUAUAUAUAUAUAUAUAUAUAUGGCGUAAUUUAGAAGGAAUAAGGAACUCCGACUAGUGAUUCUUUACUGGCCACAGGGAUUCUGAAUGUGAGACCUGAUGGGUCAUACUCUUGAGCUGUAGUAUGCACACACUGUCUGUUUCACCCAGGGGGCUGUUAGCAGCAAAAAAAAUCAUUCAAUAAUUAAAUUUGUCUUCAUUAACUUGCUUCUUCCAAGCCUGUGUUUUCUAUAAAAACAAAAUUAAUUUUUGAAGAAUCUUCAUUGUGAGAAACUGUUCUUGUAUGGAAAAAUCAUGCAAUGACAGUUUAGUGAGUGAAUUUCUGUUACAAGCUACAAAAAGGACAAUUACAGUAUAUCAUAUAUAUUUUUAAAAAGUAGUCGAUAGGUGCUGUGUUCCAUCAGGUCUGUGCACCAUGCAGAAUUGAAAAUAAAGUCCUAAAUUUUAAUUGAGCUUUGUAUUUAUUUAUUUUUUAUACAAAUGUAUAUAUAUUUUAUUAAUUCAUAUAAAAUGUUGUGCUAGGGUGAAAUGAUCUCAUUAUCCAGAAUGCUUUAAUGUAUUGGAAUUUGACUAACUUCCAAUUCAACUUCAUGGCAGUGAUUAUCAAUCUAUUUAUCUAUUCUAACAUCUCAGGCCUUAAAGGGAUAGUUCACCCAAAAAUGAA